AAUUAACUUUUUUUUUGUUGGUUUUGUUGGGGUUUUUUCUCUCUUUUUCCCCUCUCCGCGCUGUUCUUUCGGGGAUCCGCACGCAUUUAUUGGGUGCAAAUAUAAAGAUUUCGGCUCUCGCCGCGCCAUCCGCGCGGACGGGCGCUCCGGGGGAGGGAGAGGAAGAGGGGAGGGCGAGGAGGAGGAGGAGGAGAGGGGGGGGGACCGCGCGUUUAUUUAUUUAUGAAGCUCGCAGCGCGCCGGGAGAAGGCUCCUUUCGGCAGAUAUUAUAUAUUUGGUUAAGGGGGUGCCUUUCUGUUGUUUAAAAGGGAGGGAAAAAGGGGGUGGACGGUUUGUUCUUGGGGGUCCCUGGUGCAAUCUCAGCUCCUCAUGGGUGCUAUUUUGCAACCUCAGGCGCCUGCUAUUGGUCAGCCCGUGAUCAGAUGGUUGUAUUUCCUUGUGUCCCUCGCUGGCACCACGCCAUCUCCCUUCAGCUAAAACCCAAUCUCCGAUAUACCACUAAUAGCUAAACCACUUGGACUAUAAAACACAACAAAUCAUAAAGCCCGGGCUAAAAAGGACGGCACGCGCGCGCACACACACACACACAAGGAUUAAAAAAAAAAAAAAAAGGAAAAGGAAAAAAAAAAAAAAAAGGGGGAAUCUCUCUCUCUCUCUCUCUCCUUUCCGAUGAGUUCUUAUUUUGUCAACUCGACCUUCCCGGUGAGCCUGGCGGCGGGGCAGGAGCCCUUCCUGGGACAGCUCCCGCUGUACCCCUCGGGCUACGCGGAUCCUCUGAGGCACUACCCCGGCACCUACGGAGCCCCGGCCGUGCAGGACAAGGGCUACUCCUCCUCUCCUUACUACCAGCAGAGCACAGCAGCGUUCGGCGGCCGCGGCUCCGCCUGUGACUAUGGGCCCGGCGGCUUUUUCAGGGACAAGGACCCCGCGUGCGCCCCUCCCAGCCUGGACGAGGUGCCCUCCUUCGGCGCCGAGCCGCGCAAGGCGGACUGCGCGCAGAGCAAAAGCGCCUUCGGAGAGAGCGAGGAGCAAAAGUGUUCCGCGCCGGUUUACCCCUGGAUGCAGCGGAUGAACUCUUGCAAUAGCCGCUCCCUCAGGUUCGUCCUUCGGGCCCAGCGGCCGGCGGGGCCGCCAGACCUACACCCGCUACCAGACGCUGGAGCUGGAGAAGGAAUUCCACUUCAACCGCUACCUGACCCGGCGGCGCCGCAUCGAGAUCGCGCACUCGCUCUGCCUGACCGAGCGCCAGAUCAAGAUCUGGUUCCAGAACCGCCGCAUGAAGUGGAAAAAGGAGAACAAACUGCUCAGCUCCUCGCAGCUCAGCGCCGAGGAGGAGGAGGAGAAGGCGGCAGAGUGAUUCCGCAAGAACGACGACAAAAAAACCAACAACAACAAAAAAACAACAACUAAAAAAAAAAACCCAACCACAACAACAACAAAAAAAAAACCCAACAACAACAUAAAAACCCAAUAACAACCAUUAAAAAGUUAUCUAAAAGGCGCAAAACGCCAUGAAAAGUCGGGAUUUGGGGAGGGGGGGAGUGGGCUGCCGGGGGGAAACGCCGCUCCUGGGGGGGACAAGCCCCUGCAGCAGCGGCCGCCGCCACGAAGUUUGGGCCACCAACGCCCCGGACUCGAAUUCCCGAUGAUUUUGUCCAUAAACAAGCAAAAAACACACAAAAAUAGUCUUCUAGUCGCGUUUUGAAUUCUGGUUUUUUUGCCCUUCCCACGCUUCCCUCCCGCUCUGCUCCCCCCCCCACACGAAAUGGAAUAAUAAUAAUAAUAAUAAUUCUAAUGAAAAAGCGAAGAGAUGGAGAGAGAGAAGGAGGGAAAGAAAGGGAAAGGGAAAAAAAGGGGGGAAAAAAAGGAAAAAAUUAAAAAAAAAAAAGGACUCCUAGCCGUGUUUCUACCCUUGGUGUCACUGUUAGUAAUCUGCUAACUCUUGUAUUUAAUGGAAGUGCUGCAAUAUAUGUCAUUUGGGGUGUUUCUUGUCCUAAUUUUGUAAAAAUGUUUCAUGCACGGUUGGCAUAAGUUGGGUUUUUAAUUUUCUUUCUUUUUUUUUAAUUUUUUUUACUCCUUUGGUAAAUUAAUCAAACCCUGGGGUUCUUUGUAAUUAGUUUCGGGGUGUUUGUUUUUGUUUGGUUUUCUUUUUUUUUUUUUCCUUUUUAAUUUUAUUUUAAAAAGGAAAAAAGGAGAGAUAGAACGAGUACUACCUACAAGUCUGCGGGGAAAAAAAAUAAGAAAAAAGAAAAAAAAAGGAGAAGAACAAGGACAGAAAGUUCUAUUUUAUUAAUUUUUGUACGUGUUGUGUUUGGAGUUUGUCUUAGCUAUGAACAUGGAAUUCUCUAAUAAAAGCCAAGUCUUCGAUCUCA